AUGCCUCUCCGGUCCACCCGCCACACCACCACCGCCCCCCGCCGCAACGGCCUCUUCUCCCGCCGCCGCGCCGCCCCCGCCACCACCACCGCCACCACCCGCACCACGCACACCAAGCGCGGUGGCCUCUUCUCCCGCCGCCGCGGCCCCGUCCACACCGCCGCCCCCGUCCACCACCACCGCCGCAAGCCCUCCAUGGGCGACAAGAUCUCGGGCGCCAUGCUCAAGCUCAAGGGCACCCUGACCCGCCGCCCCGGCCAGAAGGCCGCCGGCACCCGCCGCAUGCACGGCACCGACGGCCGCGGCUCCCGCCGCUACUAA